UUUUAAUUUAUUUAGUUUCAUUUCCUGCGGGAGAGAGAGAAAGAGAGAGAGAGAGAGAGAGUGAAAGCGAAAAUGCCGUUGGUGAGGUUCAAGAUACGGAACGAGCUAAGCUUGGGUGGGGCGGAGCUCAACCGUAGCGCCGCCGUGGAAUAUGAGGAACCGAAGACGAUUCUCGGCGCUGUUGAAGUCGCUGGGCUCGUCGGAAUUCUUCGUCAGCUAGGCGAUCUCGCCGAAUUUUCCGCAGAAGUAUUUAAUGGCAUACAAGAAGAAGUCACUGUUACUGCAUCCAGGUGUCAGAAACUGACAAGCCGUGUUAAACGGAUAGAGUCAGCGCUGACACCUCUUGAAAAGGCUGUGCUGUCACAGACAAGCCACAUACAUUUUGCAUACACAGCAGGCUGUGAGUGGCAUCCUCGUAUAAGGAAUGGACAAAGACAUUUUGUUCAGAGUGAUUUGCCACUGUGUGUUAUGGAAACAUAUGAACAGUGCAGAGAUCCCCCUCCUUUACAUCUGCUUGACAGAUUUGAUGUAGGUGGUCCUGGAUCAUGUCUGAGAAAAUACUCAGACCCAACAUUCUUUAGAAAGGAAUUAAGCAACAGUAGUAAAGCAGAUGAUGUCAAGGUCCAGAGAGAUCAAGCUCACCGCAAAAGAAAGAAAAAGAAGUUACCACAAAGAAACAUUUGCAGAUCACGUGCAGUGUCUACAUCCGAUGAAACUAACGGGGCUCGUCUCAGUUCUCUAACUGAUGACAGACAAACAACUUCCCAGAGUACAUCCACAGUUGACAUGCCACGUAGCUCUAAUAUGCAGGAUUUAUCUGAUAUUAUCGACCAAUCUCAUCUGCAAGGGCAGUCAGAUUCGCAAGAAAAAAGUGAAGCACAAGUACAAUCAGAUUUCCAAGAGUCAUCAAAGCCUCGUGAUUCUAUAACUGGUUCAGGUUAUAUCGAGUAUGUCAUCAAUCAAAGCCCUGUAAAUAAGCCUGAUGUGAAGCUAAUCGAGGGAUUUCUGUCAUCCUUACAAACUGCUGAUAGAAUAAGUUCACCUGAUCCCAAAGGCUGCGUUGAAGUUGUAGAUGAUAAUAUUCUAUAUAGCCCCUCAGAAGACAUACCUGUGCCAUGUGCUACUAUUGUUUGUGAUGAGAAGAAAGAAACACUUGAAUCGAGGGUUGAGAAAAGUAACAAAGAUGAAGAAGCGUCAGAGAUACAUGAGUCAAAGUUUGGUCCAGGAACACCAGACAGGAUGAGGCAAAAUCAAAGAGACUUUGAUAGGACGUAUAUUUUCUUCGAUGAGGUAGAUAUUGUGGGAGAAAAACAAAGUAAGAGCCAGGCUAACAGUAUUGAUGGAAAAUCAGGAAUUGAGAACGAAGGAGAAAUUAAGAGCGAACAAGGGAGUGAAGCAGAUGAGUUUGUGGAUGCACGUAAUACAAUUGAAUCUGAAUCAGAGAGUGAGCUUGAUGGCGUACCAAAACCGAAACUGGAGCAUUAUUUUGGGGAUAUUAGCACUUAUUGUUCAGAAGAUGCUAACAGUGACAGCAAUGAUGGAUCAGAAGAUACACCAUAUGAACAAACGGCGGAGGAUCUUGAAGAUGAAUCUUGCUCAGGAUCCUACCUUCCUGAAGAUGCAGAUGUUUCCUGUUACCUGUCAGAUCCAGUGUGUGGCAAAACUAUGUCUCCUGAUGAGACUUUUCAAAAGCCAAGGAAAUUUUUUUCCAUGUGCCCUUCGUUAUUGGCUGAAAAAGCCUUUCCGGAUGUAGCACUUAUGCGAGAAGAACCUGUUGCCACAAAUACCUUGACGGAAGGGAACUGUGCUAACGAAAAGAUCUCAUCAGACCCGUCUCUGAAAGAAGCUAUUCCUUCUGAAAAGAUCUCGCCAGAAAAACAUGUGGCCUGCUGUCCAUCUCUAGCGGAAGCUGUUCCCCAUGAAAAGAUCUUGCCAGGAGAGUCUGUUGCCAAUUAUCCGUCUUUUGCAGAAAUUUUCCCUCACGAAAAGAUCUUGCCGGAAAUCUCUCUUCCCAAAAUUCACUCUGCGGGAAAAGUUUUUCCUGACAAUAUGACCCCGGCAGAUGCUACUCAUCCAUCUUUUCCCAAAGCUGAUCAAGAAAAGACAAUUUCACCAGAAGUUCCUGAUUCGAAGAUUUUGGCUGUGCCAGAAGCUGUUUCACCAGAGCAAAUCUCACUUGACACAUAUCCAUGUUUGGCAGAAGCUGCUGCUGAUGAAAGGUUCUUGACAGAAGAACCUGUUACCACAUGUUUGCCUUUGACAGAAGCCAUGCCUGUCGAAAAAUUACUGCCAGAAAAACCUUUGGAAGUGAAUUAUUGUUUGGCAGAAUCGCAUAAAGACAGUAUCCUGCAAGAAAAAUAUGAUGGUUCUACACAUUCGACUAAUGCCAAAGCUGCUCCAGAAGAAAACUUAUCAUCAGAAGUUCUUGAUUCCACAAAUUUGUCUGUGGCAGAAGCUGUUUCACGAGAGAAAACGAGACUUGAAGAAUUUGUGGGCAUAGAUCCGUGUUUAACAGAAGCUGUUCCUGAUGAAAGUGUUUUGUCAGGAGAGCCUGUCACCACAUGCCUGUCUUUGACAAAAGCCGUGGCCACUGAAGAGGCCUUGCCAGAAGAGUUUUUGGAAAUAUAUCCUUCUCUGACUGAGUUGCCUGACGAAAAGAUUUCGCUUGAAGAAACGGAUGAUGCCACAAAUUUAUCUGAAGUUAGUGAUGUAAAAAUCUCACCAGAAGUUUUUGGUUACACAGAUUUGUCUCAGGAAGAUGCUCUUCCACAAGAGCAAAUCUCACUAGAAGAAUGUGUUGGCAUAAAUCCGUGUUUGGCAGAAGCUGUUCCUGAUGAAAGGUUCUUGCUAGAAGAGCCUGAACAUGAAAGGCUCUUGUCAGAAGAACCUAUCACCAGAUGUAUCUCUUUGACAAAAGCUGCGACAAUUGAAGGACUCUUGCCAGAAAAAUCUUUGGAAACGUAUCCUUCUUUCGGCGAAUUGCCUGAAGAGAAGAUUUUGCAUGAAGAAGCUGAUGAUGCCACACAUCCAUCUCUUUCUGAAGCUGUUAGUUAUGAACAAAUCUCAUCAGAAGUUCUUGAUUCCACAAAUUUGCUUGAGGCAGAAGCUAUCCCACAAGAGCAAAUCGGCCUUGAAGAAUUUGUUGGUCUAGAUCCGUGUUUGACAGAAGCUGUUCCUGAUGAGAGGAUUUUGCCAGAAGAACCUGUCACUACAUGUAAAGCAGUGGCUAUCGAAGAAGUCUUGCCACCAGAAGAACCAAUGGAAGCGUAUGCUUCUUUGGAAAAAUUGCCUAACAACACGAUCUCACUAGAAAAAUCUGAUGAUGCCACACAUCCAUCUCUUUCUGAAGCUGUAAGUUAUGAACAAUUCUCAUCAGAAGUUCUGGAGUCCACAAAUUCGCUUGAGGCAGAAGCUAUCCCACAAGAGCAAAUCGCACUUGAAGAAUUUGUUGGUAUAGAUCCGUGUUUGGCAGAAGCUCUUCCUGAUGAGAGGAUUUUGCCAAAAGAACCUGUCACCACAUGUAUAUCUUUAGCAAAAGGAGUGGCUAUGGAAGAAGUCUUGCCGCCAGAAGAACCUUUGGAAGCGUAUGCUUCUUUGGAAGAAUCGCCUAAUAACAAGAUCUCACAAGAAAAAUCUGAUGAUGCCACACAUCCAUCUUGUGCCAAAGCUGAAAGUGAUGAAAAUGUCUCACCAAAAGUUCUUGAUCCCAAAAAUUUAUCUGUGGCAGAAGCUAUCCCACAAGAGCAAAUCGCUCUUGAAGAAUUUGUUGGCAUAGAUCCGUGUUUGGCAGAAGCUGCUCCAUAUAAAAGGGUUUUGCCAGAAGAAGCUGUCACCACAUGUCUGUCUUUGACAAAAGCCGCGCCCAUCGAAGAAAUCUUGCCAGGUGAACCUUUGAAAGUGUAUCAUUCUUUGGAAGAAUUACCAGAAGAAAAGAUCUCAGAAGAAGAAGAACCUAAUGAUGCGACGAAUCCAUAUAUAUCUGAAGCUGUUGGUGAUGAAAAGAUCUCUCCACUGGCAGGUCCUGGUUCCACAUAUCCAUCUUUGGAAGAAUCUGUUCCACAUGAAAAAACCUCAUAUAUGUCUUUGGCAGAAGCUUUACCUGAUGAAAAGAUCUCUCUAGAAGAACCUGAUGCCACAUGUCGACCUUCUCCAGAAGCUGUUAUGAAUGAAAAUAUUUCAGGCUCAGAAGCUCCUGGUUACACAACAGAAGCUGCUCCACACAACAAAACCUUCCCUGAAGAACCUGUUGCCACGUAUCUGUCAUUGAACGAAGCUAUUUUUGAUGAAAAGAUCCCCAGGUUAGAAGAUCCUGGUUCCACUACAGAAACUGGUCCACACAACAAAACCUUUCCUGAAGAACCUGUUGCCACGUAUCUGCCCUUGUCUGAACCUGUUCCCGAAGAAAAUAUUCGGCCAAAAGAACCUGCUGCUGCAUAUCUGGAUUUGGCAGAAGGUAUUCCCGACCAAAAAGUAUUUUUGGACGAUGCCGCAUUUUUAUCUUUUGCCGAAGCUAUUUUCGAUCAAAAGUUCUCACCGGAAGUUCCAGAUUCCACGUAUCCUUCUUUCACAGAACGAGAAAUGCCUAUUGCCCAACCACCUUUGGUAACAGAUCUUCCUGCUAAAAAAAUUUUGGUCAAAGAAGCUGAAGCAUAUGAUGAACCCUCUACUGCAUCUGAUGUUUCUGUGAAUCAGAAGAGUGGUUUCUUGGAACCAGAAUCUGCUGAUAGAACAGUUAUAUUGAGUGGUGGCAAUGUCACGAAUUCUCCAGAUACUCAGGAAUCUCUGUCAAAUGAUACGAUUGUUGAAUCAGUAAGUAUAUGGAGCAAUGGGGGACUCCUUGGACUUGCGCCAUCGAAACCUCCAGUCUUUUCUGAGCCUAAUUCUGUCAGCGAACAUAUACAGAACGAGAUCAACGAAGCUAGUGUUCCUGCUGCAAGGAAGCAGGAAUCAUCGAGCAGAUCAGUUGAAGCUACUGAGAAGAGCUCGCUUUCAUUAGUUGUUUCAGAUCCCACCUCUCAACAACAAAGCAACAUGUUGACUCAUUCUAAUGGAUCUCACUCUCACCUGCAAAGCACUGCAACAUCAUUCAAAGUCUUUGGCUUAAGUCAUAGAUUACUCAUGGCUGGCUUUCGUGGAAACUCUUCUUCAACUUGCAAAUUUGACUCCAUACCUACUACUAGCUAUGAUACCAAAGUAGCAGCUAUCGCAGACAAGACUCAACAAACUCUCCGUGGCUCAAGCUUUGAGGAGCAACUGGAUUAUGAUUCAUAUCUAUUUGGCUCCCCUACUUCAUCACCACCGGUUCAGCAUAUGAAAAUAUCGUUCAACCCAAUUAAUCCCUCUCCAGAUUCCAAAUUGAAACUGAGAAUCCCUUGCCAACCUCAGUGCAAUGGUGGAAAUGCUGAUAUGUUCCCUUCAUUUCAGUUGGUUCCAGAGGCUAGCAACUCUGAUGAUGAAGACAACAGCGAUAUCUUUUGUCAGUCAUCUCCUUGUGUUUCAGACAAUUGCUUGUCGGAUUCUGAGCUGUGGGAAUCUGAUGAAAGCCCUAGAGGAUCUGCAUCAAGCUUGAAAGAAGCUGGAGAGAGAAGUACACAUGGCGAUAUGGGUUCCUUUUCUGGUUCGUUUCUUGAUCUUCCAUGUUUCGACUCUGUAGAACAUCAAUCCACAUCGCCAAGACUAGAGCAGGAGCAAGAUCAAGAUCUACAAUAUAAACCAUCUGUUUCAGAGAUCAUCCGUGAUUGGCCACCAAACCAACCAAAAGACAGUCCCAGUAAUGAAGCAAACGCAAACGCUGUUCUGAAGAAAACGCAGAACCAAUCCGUCGGGCUGUAGCGACAGAUGACGACGGUGAAAGAUAAAAGAAAAGGAAUCUGAUUGAUUACUUGUACAUUCCUCUCUGUAAUUUCAUAUUUAAUGUAAUAAUACAAACAUUAUUUACUAAUAUAUAUCAUAAAUUAAUUUGAUGCUCGAAAA